CAAACAUUUGCGCACAACUGUUUUGUUCAGAAAAAAUGGCAUUUGACAAAAAAAUCUUGUUAAAUCCACCUUACAUCGUCUUGUGAAAUUUUAUUUAAUUUUGUUUUGUAAACAAAAAAGUAUCCAGUAAGCUUUUAUUAAUAUUUCUCUCUUCCAAGACCAAGACGCCAACAGUUUCAGCUUCACCUUCAACCAAUAAACAUUUCUAUUAAAACAAAUCUGUCCAAUUCAUUCAAAAAAGUCUAUCUCUGAAAAUGGAUACCUCAAAGCCGAUGACUGCCAACUCUUCGCAGCAUAUCAAAUAUAAAGUCAACAACUACGAAUAUGAUUGCACCAAGAAAUGUCGAUGCGAUUCUCAUGGACAAGAAAUCACUGCCGCUUUAACCAAACGAGCUGUCGACGACAACAAACUAGCCGCUUUCAUUGCCAAAAAGUGUUGCAACUUUUUUGAUAUCACAGAUCCGUUGGGUCGAUCAGCUGUUCAUAUGGCGGCUUCAGUCGAUCGUUAUGUAAUUCUCGAGUGGCUCUUGAAUCAAGGAGCUAUCAUCAACAGCAGAGAUAAGGAAUCUGGGAGUAGUGCCCUUCACAGAUCCAUUUACUAUGGAUGUAUUGAUUGUGCUGUGCUUCUGUUACGAUAUGGAGCCAGUUUGGAACUCCUCGAUGAAGACACUCGGAGUCCACUGCAGAAUUGCUGUCGACUUUUUGAUUUCUCAAGUCAUUUGGAUAUUCCAACAAACACUGAACUCCUAGUCUGGGGAUCAAAUAAAAACUAUAAUCUUGGAAUUGGCAAUGAAGAGGGAGCAUCAACACCACAAUUCAUUGAUUUCUUUCGCAAGGAGCAAAAGUCAGUUGAAUUGAUCUCUCUAAGCGCUUAUCACAGUUUGUUUGUUGAUAAAAAAGGUCAACUCUAUGCCGUGGGACAUGGUAAAGGAGGUCGAUUAGGAAAUGGAACCGAAAUCAGUUUGCCAAUUCCAAAAAAAGUCAAAGUUCCCAUUAAAAAUGCUGGAGAAAAAAUCAUUUGCAUAAGUACUUCAAAGAAACAUUCUCUCAUUCUAACCAAUAAAAGUGCUGUAUUCGCUUGUGGUUUGAAUGAAGAUAUGCAACUUGGAGUUCGUGAUAAUCCUGAAAAGCUUACUGUGUUCAAAGAAGUUGUUACACUUCGAGAUUUUGGAGUAAAUAAUUUGAAAAGUGUCAUUGCAAGAGAUUUUCAUUCUCUAGCUUAUUCAAAGAAUAUGUUGUGGGUAUGGGGUACAAAUCAUGGACAAUUUGGUUGGAGUAGUAAAGGUGAAGCUGGUAUUGCGGUGCCACGACAGAUUCCACUACCUGAGAGGACGGAAUUGGAAUUUGUGGAAUCUAAUAAUUAUGCUAUUGCAUGUUAUACUACUGCAAAGUCGAUUAUAUUAUUUUACAAUUAUAGGACAAAGAGUAUCAAACCACCACAAAUAGAAGCACUAAAAAGCAUAUCAGUUACUGGAGGUGGUAAUACAAAAGCAGCAAAAGGUUCAGUGUCGGCUCUUAAAAUUUUAAUGCUAACCGAAACAAAUGUUGUUUUCAUUUGGUAUGAAAUGUCUCAACAAUAUCUCAGAUGUUCGUUUUCACAUAUCCGUGUAACACAAAUUGACAAAAUCUUCUACAAAGCCAAUCAGGUGUUGAUUCUAUCGCAAGGCGAUGUCUACACUGGCAAAUGCCAUCAAGUUCCAAUACAAAAUUAUCAAGAAAGCAGUGCCGAUGCAUGGUUUACAGAUUUGGGCGCUCGCAAAGAUAUUUGCAAUGAUCAAAAAGUACGAAUUGAAUUGAGUCGUAUCCCACAAUUGGAUCGUGUUGUAGAUAUUUUUUGCAACGAUGACUUGACAUCAUUUGCUGUACUUCAAGAAAGUUAUGCAAAUUAUUUUGUUUUACCAAAAUUAAUUAUGGAAGAGUAUAGUUUUAAGAAACUACUUAACGAUGCUAGUGAAUUUGACAAUAUCCAUGAUUUGGUUUUCUAUGUGGACGGAGAGAAUUUCUUUGCACAUAAAUUUAUAAUUUAUUCUAGAUCAGCUGGAUUAAGAGAAAUAGUUGAGAAAUAUUCUGAUAAGAAAAUUUAUUUAAACUUUCAAGGAUUAACGGGCAAAAUGUUUGAGUUGAUCUUGAAAAAUAUUUACACGAAUUAUUUUAUUACUGAAGAUGACCUCGAUGAUAUACAACAGUCUUUGGGACCUAAUUGUCCAGCAGAACGAGAUCAAGUCUUGGAGUUGUUUGUUAGUUUUGUUGAAAAAUUCCAACUAAACAGCUUGGCCAAUUUUAUCAAAAGUCAUUCGAGUCAACUUCCACGAUCGGUGGAUCGAUCUAAAUACCGAUUUAAAUGCCUCAAACGUGAAGAUUUUCCUGCUCUCUACGAUGUCACCAUCCGGUGUGGUGGAGAUGUUGAAAUUAAUGCCCACAAAUGCAUUUUAGUCUCUAGACUUGAAUACUUUGACUUGAUGUUUACUCACACCUGGUCUGAAAGAACCACCAUUAAUUUGUCGACUGUACCUCCAGAAUACAUGAUUCCUAUCAUUGAUUUCCUAUACACAUUGAACGACGAUAAUUUCCGUAAGCAAAAUCCCUCGGAAGUGUUCCUUUAUAACAUGAUUGUCUAUUGCGAUCAGUUCUUUAUCGAACAACUUCGAAAAGUCUGUGAGGUUUUGCUACUGGAAAAGAUCAAUAUUCGAAAGUGUGGUGAAAUGUUAGACUUUGCAUGUCUCUACAAUUGCAGUGUCUUGAAGAAAGGUUGUUUAGAUUUUAUCUGUCAAAAUUUAUACCGAGUUCUAUCGCAGAAAAGCUUGGAAUGUUGUGAGCCAGAGGCUUUAAAUUCCAUUAACGCACAUUAUCGGCAGAUGUUCAAGGAAGUAUUUGACUAUCGAAUGAUAACUCCUGAUUCAGAUGCAGUUUGUGAUGAGAUAUUAUUAAGUUUCGUAGAUGAUUUCGAAGUAGAUUUGGACUUUCGAAUGGAAGAAGAUGAUACGAUUAAGCCUCAGACAAAAGUGCAAAAGCGAGAGACAAAGUUUUGGCGGAGUACACGACAACAUGAACAAGAUGCUAUUAAUUCGAUGAAAGAAAUGAGUUUGCAAGAUUCGAGAAAAGAGAGCAUUUCAGAAAAGUCAUCUGUAAUAAAGGAAGCAGAUGAGGUUUCAGCAAAAAUACACGAUGAAUAUAAAUCAUGGUUGAAAGUUGCCGAUAAGAAAGAUAUUAAGAAGAAGACAGUUGGAGCCGCGGUGGCUGUUGUAAAUGCAAAUGAAGUUCUUAAAGUUGAACCAAAACCUAAGGAAGCUUUAGUUCCUCUUACUCCACGCACAGAGAAAGUAGUCAUACCUGAAGAAACUACUCCAACAAAAGAGUUUAAUAUCAAUUUAGCUGAAUUCACGCCCAUAAAAGCAGACAAACUGUCUCAAAAACAGAGAAAACGUCUUUCCUCCGAGUCAUGGCGUGGUGAACCAUUAACCCCAUCAAAACCUAUUGCAGUACCUCAAGUUACACCAAAUGCUUGGGGUAUUAGUAGCCCAUCAGUGUCUAAUGACCUGAAUUCAUCAUUUUUGAGUUCAUCGUCAAGUUUAACAAAAGAAUCUCCAUGCAAACCGGGAUCAUUAACAUCCCCAUCGACAAGUGGUACAAAUUUCACGAAAAUUUUACAAGAUGAGAAAAAACAACGUGAAUAUGUUGAUAGAAUGCGUAAUAAAUCAUUAGUUUUGACACAAAUUGAAGAGACUGCAAUAACUGAGCUGAGACAAUUUUAUAAUGUUGAUAAUGCUGCCGAUGAGAUUAUUACAAUUGAACGUAAACAAAGACCAGUGACUAUGAAUUUUGCCAUAUGGCAAAGAAAUUAAUUUAAUAAGUUUUGUAAUUUGUUUUCAUCUUAAUUUUUUAUGCAAUUUUUGACUAAUUUAAGUAAAAGAAAAUUUAUUAAUUUAUAAGAGGUAAAGUAAAUAAAAAUAUUUAAGAACGUAAUAUUUUACGUUGAUUAGUUUUGACAUUUAAA